AGGAUAACCUUUGUUGUACAAUGGCAACAAUAAACAAUUUAAUAAUCAAAAAGACACAAAGCACGUUGGGCAAAGUGAUAAAGAAACCGGCUCUCACUGAAAAACUACUAAGCAAGCCGCCGUUUCGAUACUUGCACGACAUCUUUACAGAGGUCAUCAGGACCACAGGUUUUAUGAAAGGCUUGUACAGAGAGAAUGAAUUGAAGUCUGAAUGCAUAAAGGACAAAGAGAUGAAGAUGGCCUUCCUUCAGAAAGCAAUAGAUGUUGUGGUACUGGUGAGCGGAGAGCCACUCUCUGUGAGGCCAGCGCAAAUCGUUGCCGGUCACGAGCCCGAGAAGACCAACGAGCUUCUGCAGGCUAUUGCCAAGUGUUGCCUUAACAAAAUGUCCAGUAAGGAGGCCGUGAAGGCAAUAACUGCAGGAGAGAAGCUGGAAGUGAAGGCAAAGGAGAGAACAUUCAAGGCACAAGACAAGGAAAAUCUCGAAGGACGUGAAUGUCACACAGACAAGCCGGAGAAAAGACUGAUAGAACACACCGAGUGCAGGUCAGAGAGGGACCAUGACCCGCCUCGAGAGCAGGAGAGGCAACGUCGAGAGCCCGAGAGGGAACACCGCCGUGACAGGGAGCGUUCCGCCAAGAACCGCCACCGGGAACAGGACAACCCUAAGGAUGGCGACCAAGAAGACAAGAGUCAUGAGCGAGACAAGGAGAAAGAUGACGCACAAAGCAUCGAGAAGGAGAAAAGUCAAGAGAAGGAAAGCCACAAGACAAGAGAGAAAGAACGGGAAAAAGCCAAAGGUGGAGAAAGAGAGAGACACAAGUCUUCACUGUCAUGGACCACUAGUCCCACAAGAAACAGCCAGUCUUCCGCUGCCAGAGGGCAAAGACGAAAAAACACUAUUGGAGAUGAAUCAGACUGUGAAGGCGACUCGUCGUUCGUUUUCACAGACCAUCAGCAGACGCAAAGUCUUCCAAACAAGGAAGGCGGAGAUACCGCCGGUUCCUCGCUUCCCCCUGAAGCGCCACCCAGCCGAAAUUCGCGGCCCAGCAGUGCUCGCCAGGGUCCUCCACGAGUCAAGAAACAGGAGAGCUUCACUGAAGUGGUUCCAGCUGAUAGGCUUUCUAGUGUCAAGUCAUCAGUUAUCCGAGAUGGCAAAAAGCUUUCAGACGAUGAGGACGAGGAAGACGAGCAGUUUCUGGUAGCGGAAGCGGCCCCCGAACCUGCAGAUACGCAGGAAAAGGAAGCUGCACAAGACCUCAACAGUGAAGAAAAACAUGGUGGACUCGUGAAAAAGAUCCUCGAAACCAAAAAAGACUACGAGGGUUCACCAUCCUCGAGUAAAUCCAAAGAGAAGUCUGAGGAAUCUCGAAAGCAGGAUCAGGAUCUGGUCACGCGGGAGAUUGAGCGUCUGCGUGCAUCCAUCCAGUCUGUAUGUCAGAGCGCGCUACCUUUGGGUAAGAUCAUGGACUACGUGCAGGAGGACAUCGACGCCAUGCAAGCGGAGCUGCAAAGCUGGCGGAAGGAGAACAAGGAACAUGCGCAGGCUUUGAUGCAAGAGCAGAAAGCGACAGACCUAGCAGUUGAACCUCUCAAGGCAGAACUGGGCGAGCUGGACCAGCAAAUGAAAGAUUACCAAGACAAAAUUUGUGCUGUGCAGUCUAAUAUACUAAUGAACGAGGAGAACAUCCAGAAAAAGUUGGCUGCCAUCAUCUCUCCCAGAUCCUGAAAAGACAAAACCUUUAAAAAAAAAAAAAAAAAAAUUUAUGGUGCCUCCCCCACCAAGUUUUGGGCACACCUCCAACUGGUCGGCAGCCAAUUGCAGAUACAGAUCGGUCAUGUGGAUUACAUGUUUGAGAAAAAUUUUAGGUCAAUUUCAGAUAACAUUUGUGAGAAAUUUAAUUGAUCUAACAUUUUGGGAAUGCAGCCUGAUGAAACUUUGGCAGAUGGUAAACAUUCUGUCAAAAAUAGUCCGAUGUUGAUGCUUUUUUAGCCAUUUAUUACACGCCAGUUAAGCUAAAUGGUAAAAGUGAAUACACAUAACAAUGAAAAUUACACAUACUGUUCUUUAAAAUACAAAAUAGACUUGGUAUUCCUUCAUUAUUAGCUUAAUGCUAAUAUACAAUAAAAUCUACCGUUAGCAUGCUAAGGAAAAUUAGCAUUGUGUUGUGGUGCAGUGAUCUCUUGUUUUUCGUGGUUAAUGGGGGACCCCCCCCUGCGA